AUGGCAGAUCUUGGAGUUCACAGGAUCCUCCUUUUGGUUAUUUCGCUGAUGAAGUGUCUGGAAGGCACAAAACUGCUGGCAGACUUUAAAAAAUGUGGUGACGUGGAAUGUGAAACUUUAAUAAGCAGAGUUUUGGCCACGAGAGAUUACAGAGGACCCGACUGCCGAUUCCUGAACUUCACUACUGGAGAAGAGAUAUCUGUUUAUGUUAAACUUGCAGGAGAAAGAGAAGAUUUGUGGGCAGGAAGUAAAGGAAAGGACUUUGGAUAUUUUCCCAGAGAUGCAGUACAAAUUGAAGAGGUGUUCAUAUCAGAAGAAAUUAAAAUAUCAACUAAAGAAUCUGACUUUUUUUGUCUUCUUGAAGAAAGCUACAUAUUUGAAACUGAAGAUAGUGCGUUAGACAGUGACAAUGGCAAAAAUAUUUAUUCUCAUGAAGAAGACCAAAUAACUAGUGUUUCUGCAAGUGAUUUUCAAACAGAACCUGGAUUUUAUUCAACUUCUGAAAGUACUUUGCUUGAAUAUGAAUUUCUAACAUCAGAGGCUCCAGAAGAUGUCCAAAGUACCAGUAAGUCAAAAGAUUUGGAAGAAGUAGAGGCAGGAAGCGUAGCACAGGGACCCACUCCAGAGGUGGAUCAUGUCCCACCAUCUUCAGCUGUGCCUGAAGUGAAAGGAUGGCUUGGAUUUGGAAUGGAGCAAGCCAAAGAACAGAAUUUUGAAUCAGUUACUGAAUCUCUACAUGAAAACUCAUUUCAAAGUAGAAAAAUAGCAGUGGAAGAUGAAAAUUACCUAGAGGAAUUAAAUGAUGGUGAGUCCCAAAGAGAAUAUAAGCUGAAACCUGAAUCAGAAUCCCAUUCAAUGCCACAGAAACAACCUGCCCUAGUAUCUGAAUCAGGGCACAAUCACAAAACUCAAGCCACUGGUUGGUUUGGCGGUGGAUUUACAAAUUAUUUAGGUUUUGGAGGGGAGGAUACAGAGCUUGAAUUGACUCCAGAAAACAAUCUACCACUACAAGAUAUUCCUAGUUCCAUAUCAUCUGAUGAAGAACCCACAGUUCCAUGUACAGAAACAUUAACAAAAAAAGAAGACACAGUCACUAAUGGCAGCUCAAUUCUCAUUCCAAAUUGGUUUGAUUUUGGUUUUAGUAUGUUAAGUUUUGCAUAUGCCAAUGACAAUAAAAUUAAAUUAGAUGAUGAAAGAAAAGAAGGAAGUGAAGGAGAGAAACAUGAACAUCCUCCAAUAAGUGAAUUUGACCUUGAUAAGGGACAAGGGGUGAAAAUAACAAAAACUAUGGAAACUAAAGAUCAAGUAGGCAAGGAAAAUGCUUUAGAGAAAACAGAUGAUUCUGGCACCUUACCAUAUUUUCAAAAGUUCUUGAAUAAUUUUGACAACCCUUGGAACUUCCAGAACACUCGAAAGGAAACAGAAUUGUCAUUUUCUGAACACAUACUGGAUGAAAAUAAUGUAGCUGGAAAUGAUGAAACAGAAUUAUUUUCAGUUGAAAGUUAUCCCACAGAUGAUAAGAAAAUUUUGAUGUUAAAAAGCAGAUACAGUAAGUCAGACUGGUAUAAAAUUAUGGAGUCACCUAAUGGAGUUCACGAAGAAGAAUAUUUCAAAAAUCCUUCUAAAAAUCAUGGUGAGAAAUCAAAAACAUCACUGGAUACUGAAGAAUCUAUUCAAGUAGAAACUGACAGAUCCAUGGAAAAUAACUUGCUGAACAAUCAGAUGUUUUCAGGUGACAACUCUGUGUCUUCGCAAACAUACGCUGAUCAAAAAGAAUAUGCUUCGGAGUAUCAGAUUCUGAAGUAUUUAUUUCAAUGGGAUAUUUAUGAUUUCAUGAACUCUGCAUAUUCACGAAUUUUAAUUCUGACAGAAAAGAUUAUAAACAAAAUAGGUCCUGAAAAGCUCAAAAUGCUUCUGGAGUUUAGACUUCAGAGUUUUAGUCCAGCAAUACAAUGUUCCAACUGA